CCUGCAAGGGCUGCCUCGCUGUCCCCUCCUGGGAUCUGGUGAGUCUCCUCUCUCUCUGGGAUCUGGUGAGUCUCCUCUCUCUCUGGGAUCUGGUGAGUCUCCUCUCUCUCUGGGAUCUGGUGAGUCUCCUCUCUCUCUGGGAUCUGGUGGGGGUCCCAGGGCUGCAGCAGGGGAGGAGGCCUGGGGGGCCUGAUCUGCUCCUGCAGGGGGGGACCCCAAGUCAGGGAGGAGAGGGUCCUGCCAGGGAGGGGCCAGGUCUGCCACGCUCUCCUUCCUGCAGAUCAGAGGAUCCCAAACUCAUUUGGUUUUUCGGAAAAAACCGACUCCCCCGAAAUCUCCCUUCCUUAAACAAAGGAGUCCCUGGGACUUUAACUCUGUGUGACGUCGCUCAGCGUCAUUGCACAAGAGAGGUAACAUGUGCAAAUGGUUUUCCAAAACCAGACGAGGAAGUGGACUAGCCCCCCCCCAAAAAAAGGGUGGGAGAGAAAGGCCAGAAAUAAAGAGAGGGAUCCCAGCCCAGAGUCCGGCUGCUGCAUUGGGGACCAGUUUCCCAGUGUCUCCCAGGGCAGCUCCCCACUGAGGCCACUGCAGCAAUCCCCUCGCACCCAGAGCAGGGCAUCCCAGGACCACAUCCUCUCUGUCCCAAAGGGAUUGUUGCUGGCAAACUAGCCAGAAAUGGGCGCUGCUACUCACUGAGAUUCCAGGGACCUUGGCAUCAGUGGCUGUGUGUGUGUUAAGCUAUCUGAUAGAAUAAUCAUAAUAAAUUACCUGCCCAAAUUUCUAGGGAGAUGUUUCUGGACCCUGUCCACUUGGCCCUUACAGCGAAGAAAAAGGGACCCCACCCCAGGAGUCUGUCUGGAGAGCAGCAGAGAGUCCAAGUGCAAAAAAAGGAGACAGAAGCACAGGAGAAAUGUGCCCUGAGUUGGGGGUGGGGGGAGCAACUCCUGAGGACCCCCGGAUGAGGACCCCCACUAGAGCCAAGAAUCCAUUUUUCACAAGAUACAAAUGACUCCCUUGUCAGUCAGUUCUGACUUCAUGCAUUGACUGGAAGGCAGGAGAAACCAGGCUGAUUCUUCUCCCAGAAAUCCCUUCAGUUGCUGCCACAUUUUGCAUCGCAAUCUUCCUUCUAGGGGGGCUAGAGACUGCUUUCUCCUUCUUCUCUUUUUAAAGAAGAUCUCUCAUGGUUUGGGCUGUGGUGCCAUCCAGCCCUGGUUCCUGGCAAGACUCAUCCAUGCUUGCUCAGGAUCCCGUUCCAUCUUCUGACCUACAUAUUCUGUAACAGAACAAUGUAUUUGCUUUGUAGGAUUUGCUAGAGCUUCUCAUUCAGACAGACAGAACUUGGCAGAAGACCAAAGGGUUCCUUCCGAUCUCUCAGAGGCUUCCUGAGAGCACAGAUGGAUGAGCGAGACACAGCUGGCCCUAGAGCAGGAAGAGGCCAUGUCAUCCAAACUGGUAGCAGUGGGGGAUUCUGGGAAAACUCUGUGCAGAAGAUCCUGGGUGAGGAGGACACCCUCCGCUCAGAGGUGCAGAGCCAGCAGUUGAGGCAGUUCUGCUGCCAGGAGGCCAAAGGACCCCGAGAGGUUUGCAGCCAACUCUACCACCUUUGCCGUCAGUGGCUGAAGCCAGAAAGGCACACGAAAGCUGAGAUGCUGGACCUGGUGAUCUUGGAGCAGUUCCUGGCUGUCCUUCCACCGGAGAUGGAGAGCUGGGUGAGGGACUGUGGAGCGGAGACCAGUUCGCAGGCGGUGGCCCUGGCCGAAGGUUUCCUCCUGAGUCAGGCAGAGGAGAGAAAGCAGGCAGAGAGAAAGCAGGUGAGAGAGACUUUCCUCUGGAUACUCCCAAGGGGCUCCAAACAGGAUUGAGAACAUCUAAUAUAGCUCUAUUGAUGGCCCAUCCUUUUUCUUGGAAGACAUCCAUAGAAUGAGUUCUAACACUCUUUAAGUCUUUGUCAUUCUCCUUCUAACAUUUCUCACCAUUCAUUCUCUGUUUUGAAUUCUUGUUGCUCUUUCAGGAAAUGGAUCAUUUUGCAGAAAUUGACCAGGAUUCCUGUGAGGCGGAGAGCCCUUCGUUGGACAUGAGAGAGAAGCUACUGGGUAUGGAGAAAAGUGGUUUUUCUCCAUUUGGUCUCAUUCUGUUGGUUUUCCAACUUAUCUGUGGGUUCUUUUCAUCUUUCAUGAGGGGAGGGGACUGUUGGGGUCAAGGGUCCAGAUGCGGGGAGAUGUAUUUUUGCACAACUAACAUAUGAAAUGGGCACAAACCUCCAAAUGCACUCAGCAGGUCAGGCUUUCUCAAAUGCCCAUCUGUAGUUAGAGAUGCCCUGCUUCACCUGUGAGAGAAGAAGAAGAGGAGUUUGGAUUUGAUAUCCUGCUUUAUCACUACCUGAAGGAGUCUCAAAGCGGCUAACAUUCUCCUUUCCCUUCCUCCCCCACAACAAACCCUCUGUGAGGGGAGUGGGGCUGAGAGACUUCAGAGAAGUGUGACUGGCCCAAGGUCACCCAGCAGCUGCAUGUGGAGGAGCGGAGACGCGAACCCGGUUCCCCAGAUUACGAGUCCACCGCUCUGAACCACUACACCUCACUGGCUCCCCAAUGCUGGAGAAUACAAAUUACAGAGGCGUACGCAGAGGCAUUUCCCCACUUAGCUUUACAUAUCAAGAAAUUAAGUCAUGUAACAAGGAGAACUACAAUCAGACCUGAACGGAAGAAUAGUGAUACUUAAAAUUAAAAGAAUUUAAAAACGAAUCUGUUGGAUUACCUGGAAGAUAAAAUAAUGCUACUCAGAGACUUUAAUGGGGUAAUAAACCCACAACUAGACAGAUCUGGAGGGAAUAAAGGACAGGGGAAAUUACAUCUAGCUUUGUGAAUAUGACUGAAUAAUAAUAAUAAUAAUAAUAAUAAUAAUAAUAAUAAUAAUAAAGUUAUUAUUUAUACCCCAUCUAUUUGGAUGGGUUUCCCCAGCCACUCUGGGUGGCUUCCAACAAAAUAUUAAAAAUACAUUAAAACAUCAGUCAUUAAAAACUUUCCUAAACAGGGCUGCCUUCAGAUGUCUUCUAAAAGUCAGAUAGUUGUUUAUUUCCUGAACAUCUGAUGGGAGACUAUUCCAAAGAGCAGGCGCCACCACCGAGAAGGCCCUCUGCCUGGUUCCCUGUAAUCUCACUUCUCACAGGGAGGGAACCACCAGAAGGCCCUCAGAGCUGCCCCUCAGUGUCCGGGCAGAACAAUGAGGGUGGAGAUGCUCCUUCAGGUCUACUGGGCCGAGGCCAUUUAGGGCUUUCAAGGUCAGUACCAGCACUUUGAAUUGUGUUCUGAAACGUACUGGGAGCCAAUGUACGUCUUUCAGGACCGGUGUUAUAUGGUCUCUCCAGCCACUCCCAGCCAUCAAUCUAGCUACUGCAUUCUGGACUAGUUGUAGUUUCUGGGUCACCUUCAAAGGUAGCCCCACCUAGAGUGUGUUGCAGUAGUCCAAGUGGGAGAUAACUAGAGCAUGCACCACUCUGGUAAGACAGUCCGUGGGCAGGUAGGGUCUCAGCCUGCAUACCAGAUGGAGCUGGUAGAGAGUUGCCCUGGACACAGAAUUGACCUGUAUCUCCAUGGACAGCUGUGAGUCCAAAAUGACUCCCAGGCUGCACACCUGGUCCUUCAGGGGCACAGUUACCCCAUUCAGGACCAGGGAGUCCCCCACACCUGCCCGCCUCCUGUCCCCCCAAAACAGUACUUCUGUCUUGACAGGAUUCAACCUCAACCUGUUAGCCUCCAUCCAUCCUCCAACUGCCUCCAGACACUCACACAGGACCUUCAAUGCCUUUACUGGUUCUGAUUUAAACAAGAGGUAGAGCUGGGCAUAAUCCACAUACUGAUGAACACCCAGCCCAAACCUCCUGAUGAUCUCUCCCAGCGGCUGCAUGUAAAUGUUGAAAAGCAUGGGGGAGAGGACAGAACCCUGAGGCACCCCACAAGUGAGAGCCCAGGGGUCUGAACACUCAUCCCCCCCCACCACUUUCUGAACACAGCCCAGGAGGAAGGAGCGGAACCACUGUGUGACAGUGCCCCCAGCUCCCAGCCCCUCAAGACGGUCCAGAAGGGUGGCAUGUUCAAUGGUAUCAAAGGCCGCUGAGAGACCCAGCAGAACUAGAAAGCAGCUUUCACCCUUGUCCCUAGCCUGCUGGAGAUCAGGCAGUUUCAGUCCCAUGAUGAGGCCUGAAGGGAUCCAAAUGGCCCGCAUCCUCCAGGUGUGCCAGGAGUUGUUCUGCAACCACCCGCUCAAUAGCAUGCCCAAAAUUGGAAGAUUUGAGACUGGGCGAUAGUUGGCCAUAUUGGCCAGGUCCAAAGAUGAUUUUUAAAGAAGCAGUUUAAUGAUCGCUUCUUUCAUCAGGUCUGGGAAGGCUCCCUCACAGAGGGAAAAAUUCACCAACCCACAGAGCACUGAGAAAACUGGGUCUUCCCAAUCGGACGCCUGGUGCAAGCUAAUGACUUCCUAAAAAUCACUGCAACCCUCCCUCCCUGCCCACAUGACCUGGGUUGCUGUGCAUAAGAGAAUCCUGGUGGACAAGCAGCGACAAGGACAGGCCCAUUUGCUUCAUCCAACCAAGUCUCUGUUACACAUGCCAGGUCAAGUCCUCCAUCCACAAUUAAGUCAUGGAAGCCAGGUCAUUGUGUCCCUUGCUGAUUCCAACAUCCAUCCGGUCAAGACCAGACCUGGAGGCAGGGAUAGUUCUCAAAAAGCAACUAAAUCUGCUUCCUCGGUAAUGAUGUGAUCUGGUCUUAGUGUAACUCCUCCUCUUACCCGUGAUCACUGAGAUCGAGUGUCCCAGUGCACCCCCCCACCCCCCGUGGAACCUGCCCCAGCCAUUCUGUUGGAUGUGGCCCACUCCCAGGCAGCCCUGGCCCUCUCCUCUUAAGAACCAAAUGCAAACUAUACAAGAACCCAAUAAGACAGUAGAAACUAAUUUAAAAAACAACAAUACACAACAAAUAACAUUUAUACUAAAAUUAAACUAAUCCCUAGCGCCAACUAAAUGUUUUUCCCACCCCCAACAGAGGAAAAAAACCCAACACCCAACAUUGGAAGCGCCACAGAUUAAAAACCAUUUUAAAACAUUUGCCCCAGCCCCAGAGUUUCUUCCAGUGAGUCUGGGCUCCCCAGGAUUCACAAUAGGGCAAUGUCCCUCUGGCCUCCCAGGAGUCUCUUCUGUUGAGCAGGGGGAGUCUGGUCCUCGCCCCCCAGGCCAGGUGGGAAAAGGCCUUGCAGGGAGCAGGUCUUCCUUCCAGCACUCAGGGCAGCAGCAGCAGCAACCAUGGAGAUUCCACCUGCCUCCUUUGAAAGGAGGAAAUUCACCUGAGUAAAGAAUUUGAGGUGAUGGGACUUCCGGGUUGGUGCCUCUGGGAAUGGCGGAAUUCCUCUGAUCGGGAGGAAUUUGCCCCGUGGGAAUUUGGGUCUGUACCGCCACGGCGAAGGUGGAGACCCGUAAAAAUCACAGGCGGGAGAAGCCUGUGAGCGUGGGAUUCGGCAGGCACCUUUUGCGCCUCCCCUACUCGUGGGGAAACCCGGUUUCGGGGAUCCGGAGCAAUGUGGGGUGAGUGGCGCGGUGCUUCGAAUCAUCUGCUUCUUCCACGGAGCGAAGCCGCAUAGCUGUUGCCGGAGAGCGCUGACUUUUUCCUGUGGACAAUUUGACUCUAAAGUAAUUACCCGUGAGUAGAGCUGAAUUGGGAAGAAUUGGAUUUUUAAACGUUUAAUCUGGCAUCGAAACGGGGAGGUUCAAUACAGGAAGUCCGCCUCCCUCUUUUGUAGAUUAACUGAAGCAAGGAGACUGCAAGCUAAAGUCUUGGAAAGCCUUUUGUAAAGGACUAAAUUUCCAUCGGUAAAGAACUAAAUCCCCCCCCCUUUUGGAGGCAGGAGAAGAGGGGGGGGAAUGGUGGACUGAAUAUGCCUGCAGGAGAGCGUUAAGAGAGUUAAAAUACCACCGCUCCGACCCUGGAAACGGGCUGCUAGCAGGAUUGAUGUUUUCUGGAACGUCCAUUGACAGCAUUUAGAAUGUUCACUGACAGGUAGGUAAUCAAGAGAAUACAUUGUUUUUACUGUCUCUGGUUGUUUUUAAAAAAGGAGGAAAGUAACUGAAAAUUGAAACUAACUUUGGAUUAUUGAAACUGUGUUUAAAAGAGGACAUAUUGACCGAUACAAAUACAACCUGUUUUCCCCUAGUGGAAGCUUUUGAAAUUGGUUACUUUAUAGGAGCUGGGCUAGGGGAAUUUCCAGCUGCAAGAUAAGAAAAGUGUGAGACUUUGGAAUUGACCUUGAAUCUCUUAAGUGUUAUGGCAAACGGAAAGGAAAAAACAGACGGGAUGUCGACAGAGGAGGCCUUAGUGGCUGCAUUGUUGAAAAUAAACGAUUCGCUGGAACAACUCCACAAGAAAACAGACGCGAUAAAUGUGAAAUUGGAUGUUGCAAAUAUUGAAACUGAUUUAAUUGUAGAAAGUUUAAAUAACUUGGGACAAAAGGUGAAUACCAAUUCAGAAACCACCCAGAAACUGACACAGGAAUCUACUUUGAUACGGCAAACUGCAGAUGAAGUCAGGGAAAAAAUCCUUGCUGCUGAAUCUAAAGUAAUACAACUGGAGAGGAGAGUCCCAUCCAUACAAAGACAACUUGAUGAACAUAAGCUGACAUUCGUUAUGAUUGAACUUAAAGAAGAACGGAUGAAUUUGAGGACCAGAGCCCUAUCUGAAUUGGAAAAGGAAAGCCUGACAGAGUUUCAGGAGGCGACAGGACUAACAUUGGUUGAGAAAGAGAGGUAUUUGGGGGUUAGUAUGACCGCCAAAAAUGUGAAUCUGCUUAAGGAUAACUGUGAAGGAUGUUGGAUUGAAGAGAAGGGGGAUUUGGAAAUAUGGACAAAUCAGAAGUUGUUACUGUUGGGCCGAGUUAUUGUCAUGGGGAUGAGGGCUGCUGUGUUGCUGGGGAUGUUGCUUUUGUUUCAAACAUUGCAAGCUCUGGAUGGGAUGGAGGGUCUCAGGAGGUGGCAGAGGGAUGCUCCUAGAGUUGUUUGGCAGGGCAGGAAGCCUCGAGUCAAACUUAAGAUAUUGAUGGAGGUGGACCUGCCCUGCCAGACCUUUAAACUUCAUUGUGAACCAUCUGCCUUUUGCUGAUUGAGAGAAUGGUUGCUUCUUGAAAACACUGAAGUGUUGGACAAUGGCAGAUGAAGUUGAUGGACUAUAUGGAAUUGGCGGAAAUGACUGGCAAGACCAGGGUGAAGAGUCGGUGGAAGAAGAUUGGAAAAAAGUUUAAAGACUAUUUAUAGAAAUAUUGUAAAAUUAAGGAAUGUUAGAAAAAUGUUGGAAUGAAAUUACAUGGCUUUAGUAGAAAUGUCAUAAGGAAUUAAGUAUAAAUAGAUUAAUAGAAAAUUAAAGGAAAAGUAUGGCAAGAAUGUGUUAAGAUAAUUAUAGAACAGAAAGCAGAGUAAGAUGGAAAGGAAUUGCUGAAACAAAUAAUAGAAGUGGAAUACAAAAAGGGAGGUGUGAGGAGGUCGCUGGAAAUAAGUGAAUGAAAUAUAAGAUAUUGAAAAUGUUUGAGCUGUUUUUAAAUUGUUCUUGUUUGUUUUUGCUUGGUUUGUUAUUCGUACUGUUUUUCUCUUUUUUCUUUUUUCCUUUUUCUUUUUCUUUGUAGUGUGUUGGAAAUUUUGAAAAAGUAAUAAAUAUCAUUAAAAAAAAAGAAUUUGAGGUGAUGCAUCAUUUGUCUACUUUUAAUAUGUUCUAUGUUUUAAACGUCCCUGAGAGCUCUUGAUGAAGGUGGUAUAUCAAUUAAUAAAUAAUAAUAACAACAAUUGCCAUGCAUUUUUAGUCCAUUGAAUCAGCAGUUCAGCAUUUCUGGAAGGAGAAAUAGCAUACAAUUCUUAUAGGAAUUUUAAGGUCAUAUAUAUAUAUAUAUAUAUAUAUAUAUAUAUAUAUAUAUAUAGGUUGGACAGUGUUCUCGAAGCUACAAACAUGAGUCUGACCAAACUGCGGGAGGCAGUGGAAGACAGGAGUGCCUGGCGUGCUCUGGUCCAGGGGGUCACGAAGAGUCGGACACGGCUAAACGACUGAACAGCAACAAUAUAUUUUAAAAAUGUUCAUAACUGUAUAUAUAAACCACAUGUCUGAAACCUCACAGAAAAGGUCCUGAACAAAUUGACCUCAAAUAUUUCUCUGAAAGGUCCCCACUGUCCCUUUCCUCACAAAUCCUGUCUUAAGGGCACAUUCAAGAUAUGAACAGGGUGUCAGCCUGUGACUUGUGACCUAGAUUCAGGAAUUAGUUAUCAUAACAAAAGAGUGGCCAGGAUGGCAUUUAAUCCAAUCUGCUAACCUGCCGGACAGGAAGAAACAACACACCCAGAUUUCUGCUCCUUCUCUGAUGUAUUAAGGGGGUGGUCUGGGCUGCACCCCUUCUGUGAUAUAUUCUGGGAUGUAUUUAUGAUGCUUCUGGGGGUGGUCUUGUUCUCCAGGGCAGGCAAUUUCCUGUGCGUGGGGGGAGCACCCUGUUGCAACAGCUUUAAUAAAGAUCAGGCUUACUAGCUGCCUUGUUUCUCAAUAUUCUCUGGUUGGCCUCUGUUAUUUUCUUCUACUGAUAGAGAACCUAAAAUGAGGACUCUAUUUGGGCUCUUGGGUACCCCAUAAAGGAAAAAGAGCAGUUUUUUUUCUUAUAACACCAUUGUAUAUUAGCAUUAAAAGCAUGCAUAAGGAAGUAUUACUCAUUCCUGAAGAAAAUAUGAUUUAUUUAUUUUGAACUACACCACGCUGGCUCCUGGCGUCCUGUUUACCUUUUUUCUCUUGCAGGUGACAGAAGGAUGCCAGCAAAACCUCCUUAUCCGUCUUUCCAUGGGGGCAGAAGGGAAACAGCGGCUGUGGAACCAGAUCAGGUCAGGGGAAGCUGCCUUGUGGGGACAGAGGCCGAGG